CUGUGGUGCUCUUUGGUCUCCGGAGCGAGCAGGAACCGCGGCGCUGCGAGUGUCUCUGCAAGCGGAUACCAAACGCCCAUUUCUUGUUAUUUUUUUCCCCUGUCAGUGUGUGUUUGCUCGUGGAGAGAAAUGGAGGAAUAUCAUUCUGGCGACGAGGUAACCUUCAAUUCUGAUGAAGCAAGUAACAGCGUUAAAGAGUGCAUCGAGGGGAUCAUCGGUGGGAUGGACUACAACCAAAACAAAGUGAACCAGUGGACCGCCAGCAUUGUGGAGCACUCCCUGACAAUGCUAGUGAAGCAGGGGAAGCAUUUCAAGUAUAUCGUGAAUUGUGCGAUCAUGCAGAAGAGUGGUGCUGGUCUCCACACUGCCAGCUCCUGCUACUGGGACAUCACCACCGACGGCAGCUGCACGGUGCGAUGGGAGAACCGCACCAUGUACUGCGUGGUCAGUGUCUUCGCUGUGGCCGUGUCCCUUUAGCCCCAAAGUUCUUGGUGGACGUCAGGCAAAGGGGGGGGGGGGAUGUGGGGGGGGGGGGUGUACAUAGGAUCUACGACGACACGCACCCAGUUGGGUGGAAGCUUUGAAGAUCAAAAGCUAAGAGCGUUAUCACCGACGAGACGCGUUCUAGGAAAGCACGCCGGGGACUGACAGGCGCCUGGAAUACCGUCCACGUUGGAGGACUUCCUGCUGUCAGUUGGCAUGGCUGUUUCAGGGGCUGCACCUGCUCGCCAGUCACCCUGCACCUCCAUAUUUAGUGUCCAUCAUUCUCCUUAUAUCUGUAUGGCACACAAAUCCUUCGCUUUUAUUAGAGCAUGACUGAGUGUAGAUUGUUUCUCAGUAACGCAUUAAACAUAUUGGUAGGAGUGUAGAUAAGCAUACCAGACCCAUUAACCCAUUGCUUCAUGGCUAUACAGUGCUGUGUGUCUUUUCAUGGGACAUUUUGCUUAAAGUGGGAUCUUAAUUUUUUUUAUCAUUUUUUGUGGAAAGUGUUUCAGUUUAUCCUGAUUGGGGUUGAAGCCCUGGAGUCAGUCCAAGGCAGCGUAGGGCAGCAGAAUUGAGAACACCCUGGAUGUACGAUUCUGCAUGCGGGUGCAUCCUAGCGAAGGUGCCAGUUAGCUUGACCGCGUGUCUUUGGGCUGCCAGGGAGAAUCUGUUUGAAAUUGGGAGAAAAAUUAAACCAACACACUUACAGAGCGUAGGUGGGGAUUUGAGUCCAGUGUCACAGGGAAAUGAGAGCAGUUUGCCUCGCUGAGCCGCCUCACAACCCUGUUGUGGAUGUGUUUAGCUAAUUUAAUGCAGCCUUUAGGGUUAGGGGCUCCCAGGUAAUAUCAGGAGAAGCCCAUUUCAGUGAGGUUUCUAACUUCUAGCAGCAUGAAAAACAGUGGCCCCUCGCUUUUAGAAUACCUUUUGCUCGUAUUUUAAUAGCAGUUUACACCGUCAUUCCAGUUUUUCUUUCCCUCUCGUUCGUGGUGAUCCUGGGGGCUGAACACCACGCGAUCGUGCCGUUAUCUGCCCUCUUCCGGCUCGCAGCAGAACGUCAUACACGCGCGUCCCCCCGGCCGCCAGUAGGUGUCACUGUAAAGCAGUGAGGUGAGAAAUCGAGUCACUGACGCACCCAAUGGACAGUUGUGUGAUUUCCUAGUGUCACAACUGCAGGAUUUUAACAUUUUAAUGAUUAAUGUAUUUUUUUGUAAUUUCGUUUGGCUUCUUAAUUGCCUCAAUUGUUUCCUUUAAAGGUCCCCACAGCAGUUGUUCUGCUUACUAUCAGGGUCAGCAGCAUUCUUGACUGGAUGUUGGCAGAAGCCAGGGAUAAAUCUUACAAUUUAUAUUAAAUGAUAUUUUGUGUUUAAUUUCAUGGUGCAAUUUUAACUGUAAUAAGCAACUUGUAUUUGCAUGUAUUGAAUACUGAUAAUCAUUUGAUAAUAUAUAUAUAUUAUUACUUUGAUAUGAUUUUAAUGAUUAUUAUACAGGAAGGAGUUUUUCUGUCUCAGUAGAACUAAAAUAGUAACACCAUUUUACUAGUUGUUAUUUUUAAAAGUUAAUCUGGGCCGUGUGCAAGAGGUGUUCACCCUCCCCGUAACCCACGAUUUGGUUAACGGUCCUGGAGUAAUGUAGUUUUUUAAUUAUAUUAGCCACCCAGAAGCAAUGACCACAGCUGAGGCUUACCGAUGAAUGUUUAAAUCGUUACUUCCUUCCUUUGUUGGGAUCAGAAUAACUUUUAUCAGAUAGUGUAAGUUACCUGGGGGGGCGGUGGGUAGCGACGCCAGGUAGGUGGGUUGAUGCUGAUUUUGGGUCAUAUGAAUUGUGCCGUUUCCCAGUCUAGUUAUAGUUAAGUGCAUGAUUUAACCAAAUCUACUAAGAUGUAAAUAAACCCAGUUCAUCCCUUGCA